AUGCGGUCGGCAAGAAAAAUUAGUCAACUGGAUACGAGCAAGUGUAAUCCAAGUGAAAUUGAAAGGAUAAAGCGGGUUAAUCAUCAAGUAGAAAAAUGGGAAAUUGAGGAAAUAAAGCCAAGUUCUCCGAAAGAGGAACAUAAAAAUUGCUAUGAGGCUUCGUUUUCUAAUACUGACGAAAGAUUUAUUUAUGACGCUAAAACUGGAAAAUUAAAAACGCAAACAAACGAUGAUAAGAGUAAUGAAAUUAGAAGGCAUAAAAAUACUUUGCUUGAACUUGAAAAAGAAAGAGAAUAUAAUGAAAAAUUAUUAACUCAUGCUGAAAUCUGCGAGGAAAGCAAAUGUCCUGACAAGAGAAAUUAUGAAAAGAUUAAGAAACGAGUUGCUGAAUUAGAUCGCAAAAUCAAUUAUCAUAAGGAUAACCAAGCAAGACCGGUAAAAUUUGUGGUUGACAAUGAAAAAUCUCCUAAAUUGCCUGAAAAAACCUCUAAUGAAGGAGAAAGACAAACCCUGAUUAUCAAUUUGAAAA